AUGGCUGCCUACCAACUGCCUCAUGCACACUAUGGCGCGAAGACGGAGCAGAAUCAGUGUGAGCAACAACGCAAGGCAAAGGAGUGCAACAGCCUCUGGAACAAGCUCUCUGCCCACCUAGAAGCACCUAAAGCACCGGCUGCGGGGAAUAUAUGGUUGGAAAAGGAGUGGGAGACGAUCGAGACCCCCCUGCUCGCUCUUCCCAUGACAACACGACAACCUCACACGAUGGGCUCACCCGGGCCAGAGCACCGGCCACUACCGCUGAAGAAUCGACGCCGCAGGCAUGAUUCCGCUCCCGGAGAACUUUGA